AGUCUCAUUUCGUGUUCUAGGUCAAGUAUGUUAUUAAAUUAAAGUGAUAUAUUAAACGUAAAUUGUAUUAGUUAGGUAAUUACCACCGGCUCCACACGCGUUGUCAACGAGUAAACUACGAUAAGAAUGGAAUUUAUCCUGAUCAGCUUCAGACUCUGUAACUUCGGACUGUUUUAAUCUCAGAUUCAUCAACUGUAACUGUUAAACGGAGGCGCGGCAAGAUCUGCCCGGAAUGCAUCCGAAUCGGUAGCGGCAGCAUGCCUGCUCUCGCUCUCUUCCUCCUCUUGUUUCUCCUGGAUACACCUUCCAGUUUACGCGCUCAAGCUGGCGAGUGGUCUCCGAGACCUAAGAGAGAUGAAGCGGCCACCACUCCACCUGCCGCCACAGUCGCUGCCAUCGCAUUGUCUAUUAAAUCUCGUGCCAUACAAGACAGCAGAUGCUAUCUGAUGAAUGGCGGCGCCGUGGAGAGCUUCUUCAUCAGCGAGGACACACCCAUCGGCAGUAUUAUAGGUACCUUAAGUGUAAAUGGAGAUCCUUCAGAAGACCUUGGAGACAUCACCCUUCGGCUUCAAGAAAAGGGAGCAGCAGUAGGCAUAGUGCCUGGUAGCAAGAACUUGACACUGCUCAGAGCUUUGGAUCGAGAGGAGAAAAUCGGCCCUUCUAAUGUAUACGUUAAUGUACGGUGUGACAGAAGACGAACUACUGAUCCGAGCUUCGUGAUCCCGGUGUCGGUGCGCGUGUGGGACGUUAACGACAACGCGCCGCAGUGGGAGGGCGCGCCGUACGCCGUGCGGGUGUCGGAGACGGCGGCGAGGGGCGCGCGGGCGGCGGCCGUGCGCGCCUCCGACCGCGACCAGCCCGGCCCGCACUCCGCGCUGCACUACGCCGUGCUGCCCGGACCGCAUUCCGAAUAUUUAGGUUUUGAAAAUGAACUAGAACCAAUAAUAGUAGUUAAGAAGCCUCUGGACUUUGAGACAGUAAACAACUUCACAAUAAAGCUCAGGGUACAAGACCAGGGCUCUCCUCCGCUGUACAGCGAUACCACCCUGCAGGUCACAGUGCUGGAUGCCGACGAUCAGAACCCUAAGUUUACCUACGAACAUUACACAGCUCUGCUGCCAGAUGAUGCUGAGGAGGGCACAUUCCUCACGACCUCUCCCGGGCCGAUAUCAGCAGCCGACCAAGACUUGGGCAUCAAUGCUCCGCUGCAGUACUCCAGCACGGGAGACCACAAACAACUGAUUGUCGUCAAUAAGGACACUGGCCAGGUCGCCGCUACUAAACAGCUGAUCGCAGAGUUGGAUCCCUCCGUCACUAUUGUUUUAAAAGCAACACAAGUGGAUAAUCCAGAUCGGUACGCGUUAGCGACGCUUACCAUCCGUAGUACCACACCACGAUCUUCCACUCCGCCCAUCAGCAGGCUUCAGUUCACCCAGAAGCAGUACUCGACCACAGUCAGUGAAGGAGCCUCGCCAGGAUCCGUGCUCCUGACCCUAACCACCGUGCCACAAAAUACAGAAUUUAGGGAGAGUCCACUACAGUUCUACGUAUCAGACCGCAGCUUCUUGGAUAAAUUUGCCAUCAACAACGCCGGUGAAGUCAUACUUAGGAGAUCCCUUGACUAUGAAACUACGUCCAAUUACUUCUACCAAGUUAUGGUCACUGACUCUAUAUCAAAUGACACAGCAUCAAUAAACAUAAGCGUGGAGGACGUGAAUGAGUGGGAGCCGCGGUUCCGACACCCGCAGUACGAGUUCGAGGUGGAGGCGGCGGGGGGCGGGGCGGGGGAGGCGGCGGGGGGGCUGCGCGUGGGCCGGCUGGUGGCGCACGACGGGGACGCCGGCACGCUCGCGCUCAGCCUCGCCGGGCAGCACGCGCGUAUGUUCUACAUUAAUGCCAGCGGAGAUUUAUUCCUGCGGGAGGAAGCGAUCGGAAAUUUAAACUCGUCAUCUCUACACUUGGUGGCCACUGCUAUAGAUUCAGGGAUUCCUCCACGACAGACAUCGGUCCCGGUGACGGUGGUGGUGCGCGGGGCGGGGGGCGCGGCGGGGGGCGCGGUGCGGGGCGCGGGGCUGCUGGCGGCGCUGGUGGCGGCCCUCGCGCUGCUCGCGCUGCUCGUCUGUGGACUCUUCCUCUACAUAUACACCGCCAGGAAAAAACGUAUCAAAUCUCCAGCACCGGCUCCACUCAAACCAGCUGGAUUCAUCAACCACGAGAAAUCCCGACCGCUCCCCUCACCCCUGCCCCCCACCCUCCCCGACUCCGGCGCCAACGGCACCAACACUAUUGCCAACAAUGGCACAGCAACGCUGGCCACCAGCAGCUCCCUGCAGAGUGUCAGCGCCGGGGCUAGUACUAUACUAGCCGGCUCUAGCUCCAGUCUUCAUAUGCCUGACGCUGCCACUAAGCCGUCAAAUGGACACGAAGAUCAAAAGUCAUUCAACUAA